UAACUUGAAAGUUUGUCCUUUCCUAGAAUCCUUAUUUUACGCUGGUUGACAAUCUACGUAUAUUUUUAUUAAAUAACUUAGCACGGCAAAAUCUAAAACCCCAUCAUACCAAAUUGCCAAUGUGGCUAUAAAAUUUUAAUUUGAAAUCCAAUCGUGUACGUAUUACUUGUCAACUAAUUUUAAUAUAUUUCAUUGCAUAAUAAUUUCGUUGGGAUCUACUUCCAAUACUUAACUCCAUUGUAACUUCGUGAAAGUGAUAAAACCAAAAAUAAAAUGCGUCACCAAUUUCUUAAUUGCUACCCCUUUUUACUUCACACAGCCGUGAUCUUGUUUAUCAUCAUGGUUGAAGUGAAAGGUGUACCAGUUUCCUUCGUGGAUGACUUUCCCCGGAGGCACCACGUUCCACUUCAUAGAACCACAGACAAUCAUUUCCAAGCAUUUAAGCACCAACGACAGUUUGCAAGUCCAUUCCACAAAUUAAAUCAGCUCCCCCAAUGGCAACAACAGCAGGAGUCAAGUCACCACGAGGACCAUGUAAAUUGGGAACAACGUCAACGUCGCCGAGAAGAAAGGUCUACUAAUUCACAACCAGAGAAAGAUUCUUGGCGGUUUGGGCCCGAAGCAAAUAAUCAAAACUUUGAAGAUUUUUCGGAGCCUCAUAAUCACCAAAGUUUGCACGAUUUUAGACAUGCUCGGCCCUUGAGCCACCGGCAACAAAGAAGUAGGAGAGAUGUUCCAAUAAAAUUUAAUGAUUGGGAGUUUCAUCGGAAUUAUGAAUCUGCGGGUGCGGAACCGAUCGCAAAAUUUAAUCAAAACAAAAAAUAUGAUGACGAUUAUAGCCCAAGAAAUGGGGUCGACUACAACGACAACGGUUAUUGCAAUUCAGUGGAUUGCAGAAGAGAACGAUUGACUAUCAACCAUAUUCGGAGGAUGAGUCCUAAUGCUGCUUUUAUGAGUACUCCUGCUGGCCAAACUCCUAAAUCCAAUAAUGGUGGUGGGAAAAGUAACACCAGAAAUUCAUUACCAUUGCAAAUGGCUAGGUCGUCAGAAGCUCGAGGUUCUGAAUCCCAGGAUCAGCCGCCCAGAAACGACUACGCUGACCAAGAACAGCAACAGCAGGAAUGGGAAUGGGAAAAAUAUCGUUACAAUGAGGAGAAUUUUCACGAAUUUUUUCAACCCGACCACCAGACUACUCAGGGUUAUAAACCUUUCCCUUCCAGGCCAGCCAACACGAUGGGGAAUUUAAAAGAGAGUUUGAGAGAUUUAGACCAGUUUGGUCAUGCCAUGUUCGCUUCUGGAAUGGGUGCAGGAGAAGACUCUUUUCCGGAUCUGAGCGUGGUCAGAUUUAGAAGCAGCAGCAUAGCUUUAGGGGAUAACCUGGAAAUUGUGAGAAUCGAAUUGGAUAUCUCGGAUGGCGAAGAAAAUGAAGAAACCAAAUUGGAAGAUGUGGACGAUCAAUAACGGCUGCAUUUUAUAGUAUAGCGAUAAAAAAAACAUGGUAUAUAUUGUUCGAAAUGUAUUUUUUCGAAAUGAAACUUAUCUUGUAGUUCUAUUUUGUCAUUUACGUAGCCCAUUAAUUAAAAAUUGUCUAGUAAAGAUAAUAGUGUGAAAUUGGAU